UCAGAGGAGGAGCUGCUAAUGAUCAUGGAAGGUACCGCUAGUCGAGCCGCUAGCACUAAAAUGGAAGAUAGAGAAGAGAUAAGAGACCUACUUCAGUUUAAGCAUGACUUUACAUUAGGACUUGUAUCUGAGAAUGGUAGUUCAAAGACUAAUGGUAGUAUUGAUGGUAAGAUGGGAGCUGCUGAGAAACGAAAUGACGAAAGCAUAAAAUCACUCAAGGAAUUUCAAAAGUCUUUUAAGCUUGGUAAGAGUGAACAGUCAAACUCAGUCUUGUCCCCACACGUUAAUGGCAGUGAUUGCUCUCAAAGAGAAGUCCCCAGAUCUCUGGAUAUUACAGCACAGCCAGUAUCAAGAGGACAAGCAAACACCAGCAAAAAGAAAAAGCAGAAAAAGAAACGUUUAAAGCCAAUCCCAGACGACAUUGACUAUUCAUUCAACGAUCUUUAUGAACUGACUAGCGAGAUACUGGGCAGUGGGGCUAGAGCUACUGUCAUUACUUGUAUUAAGAGGACUACAAGACAGCAAUAUGCGGCAAAGAUAAUUAAUAAUUCCGGCCCUGAGGUUCGUGACAGAGUUCUAAAGGAAGUUGAGAUACUCUAUAGUUGCUCCUCAUGCGAUAACUUCCUUAAAAUAGAAGACUUUUUCGAGACUUCUGAGAAGUUUUACCUCGUGUUUGAGAAAAUGGAAGGUCCUUUAUUAGAACUAAUUCAAAAGAGAGAAAGAUUCACUGAGAGAGAAGCAAGUGAAGUGACCAGGGAAGUUGCUGCUGCUCUUUCAUUCCUUCACAGACAAGGCAUUGCUCAUCGAGAUUUGAAACCAGAGAAUAUUUUAUGUCAAACAAAAGAUGAGGUUGUUCCUAUUAAAGUUUGUGAUUUUGAUUUAAGCAGUAUGAUGAGUCAGCACACUCCAGCGACCACACCCAACCUAUUCACACCGGUUGGAUCAGCCGAGUACAUGGCCCCUGAAGUCCUUGACACAUUCACUGGUGAGAUAUUCUCUUACGAUAAGAAAUGUGACCUAUGGAGUCUUGGUGUGCUGGUCUACAUGAUGCUCUCUGGGAGCCCGCCCUUCACUGGCGGCUGCAGGACGGACUGCGGCUGGGAAAAAGGGGAGGAGUGUGAAAAGUGCCAGGCUAUUCUCUUGGAGAAGAUUGGUAAAGGACAAUAUAGCUUUCCUCAAGAGAUAUGGGCCAGUAUAUCAAGUGAAGCUAAAGAUCUCAUAUCGAGUCUUCUUCAGCGAGACGUAAGGAAGAGACUCUCAGCAGAUGAAGUAUUGGCACAUCCCUGGAUUAAAACCGAAGUUCCUGAUACUCCUCUUAAAACUCCUGGUGUCCUGAGACUCAACCCCAGUAUUACAGAUGAGCUCUCUCAAGUUGCUGCCUCCUGCCUCAAGUGCAAUAGAAGACUAUCGACUCAUUUUGAGAAAUCCUUCAAACUCUCUCCCCCCGGGAGCUCAGAGCUGGCACUGAGAAGAGGAGGAGACCACAAAUUCCCUUGAAAAUACAAUUAAUGACACAAACACCUACCACAUCACACGUGCAUACACUUUCCCACUACAUGUACAUGUACACUUCUCUGAUACCCAAUCACUCAUAGAAAGACAUUGAUUUUACUGAUUGGAAUGACUGCUGGCACAGUCAAGCCGAUACAGAAAUGACUAUUAUUUUUUUCACCAAUCCUUUUCUAAACUAUUUGUUAUUGUAACCGACUAA